GCAAGGUUGGAGGGCGACGCGGCGCGGGAAAGUGAAUCUUCGGAGCCCGAGCACAGAAAUCCCGAGCAGAGGGAGAAGUGAAGGUGAAGGUGAAGGGAGGAGUGCGAUGAGGCCUCGGAGAGGCGUGCGAGUCCGAGUGGGAGGUGCGGCGCGGCGACAGCGCCUGGACCGCCCAGGCCGCGCCAGGUGAAGUGAUCAGUGCCGAGUUUCGAUCGCCGGCUUCGCCAAAAGAUUCCACCGCAUAGCAUGGCCUCGGUCGCCGCUUGGCUUCCCUUCGCCAGGGCGGCGGCCAUUGGAUGGGUGCCGAUCGCGACGCACCCGCUCCCGCCGCCGCCGAUCCCCAAGGACCGCCGGAAGACCGACGACGAGAAGCUCCUCAUCAACGUCUCCGGGCGGCGCUUCGAGACGUGGCGCAACACCCUCGAGAAGUACCCGGACACCCUCCUCGGCUCCAACGAGCGGGAGUUCUUCUACGACGAGGAGUGCCGCGAGUACUUCUUCGACCGCGACCCGGACAUCUUCCGCCACAUCCUCAACUACUACCGCACCGGGAAGCUCCACUACCCCAAGCACGAGUGCCUCACCAGCUACGAUGAGGAGCUCGCCUUCUUCGGCAUCCUCCCGGACGUCAUCGGCGACUGCUGCUACGAGGACUACCGGGACCGCAAGCGCGAGAACACCGAGCGGCUCAUGGACGACAAGCUCUCCGAGAACGGGGACCAGAACCUCCCGCAGCUGACCAACAUCCGCCAGAAGAUGUGGCGCGCCUUCGAGAACCCGCACACCUCGACGGCGGCCCUCGUCUUCUACUACGUCACCGGGUUCUUCAUCGCCGUCUCCGUCAUGGCCAACGUCGUCGAGACGGUCCCGUGCGGGCAUCGACCCGGGCGCGCCGGCUCCCUCCCCUGCGGCGAGCGCUACAAGAUCGUCUUCUUCUGUUUGGACACGGCCUGCGUCAUGAUCUUCACCGCCGAGUACUUGCUCCGGCUCUUCGCCGCGCCGGCCCGCUUCAAGUUCGCGCGGAGUGUCAUGAGCAUCAUCGACGUGGUGGCCAUCCUCCCGUACUAUAUCGGGCUCACGUUGACGGACAACGACGACGUCAGCGGGGCGUUCGUCACCCUCAGGGUUUUCCGCGUCUUCCGGAUCUUCAAGUUCUCGCGGCACUCGCAGGGGCUCCGGAUCCUCGGGUACACGCUCAAGUCGUGCGCCUCCGAGCUCGGCUUCCUCGUUUUCUCCUUGGCCAUGGCCAUCAUCAUUUUCGCCACCGUCAUGUUCUACGCCGAGAAGAACGUAGACGGCACUAAUUUUACGUCCAUUCCGGCCGCCUUCUGGUACACCAUUGUCACCAUGACGACGUUAGGGUAUGGUGAUAUGGUACCAGAGACGAUAGCUGGUAAAAUCGUGGGUGGUGUUUGUUCGUUAAGCGGAGUGUUGGUUAUCGCUCUGCCUGUACCUGUUAUUGUUUCUAACUUUAGUCGAAUAUAUCAUCAAAACCAACGGGCUGACAAGAGAAAAGCUCAAAGGAAAGCCCGUUUGGCGAGGAUAAGACUGGCAAAGGCGUCUUCGGGCGCCGCCUUCGUGAGCAAGAAGAAGGCGGCUGAAGCGCGACUAGCGGCCCAAGAGGCCGGUCUAGAGAUGGACGAAGGCCAUCGCGAGGAGGACAUUUUCGAGCUUCAACACCACCAUCUGCUCAGAUGCCUCGAAAAAACAACGAAUCGGGAGUUCGUUGAGCUAGAAAUUCCAUUCAACGGCGCCCCGAAGCGGCCGGGCUCUCCCUCGCCGCUGCUGAGCCCCACCCACUCGGUCGUGAGUCGCAUCGGCAUCCUGCGAGCUUGCACCAGGUGCUGCACUCGACGAUAUCAGCUUUGAUCGGUCCAAAACAUUGGUUAGAGUCCCGUCGGUCUCGAUAAUAAUAUCUGCAAACCACCGUAAUUGCAAAAGCACCGGCAGCACGACCUCUCGGACGCCUCGGAGCUGACCAAGCGGCAGAGCGACGUCCAGUUCCGGCUGCGGUGUCG